AUGGCCGCGCUCGGCGGAGACACCGCCCCGCGGCCUCGCGCACUUCCGCUUCCCGCGGAGCAGGCGAUGGCGGCUCGGGUGCUGCUAGCGGCGCUGAGCGCGGCGCUGGGUCUCUUCGCCUCGGCGGGGAAAAUGAAGAUCGUGGAGGAGCCGAAUACGUUCGGGUUGAAUAACCCAUUCUUGCCUCAAACAAAUAGGCUGCAGCCAAAGAUGUCUCCGUCUGCAGUAUCAGGCCCUGCACAUCUCUUUAGGCUUGCUGGCAAGUGUUUCAGUUUUGUGGAAUCCACGUACAAGUAUGAGUUUUGUCCUUUCCAUAAUAUCACUCAGCAUGAGCAGACUUUUCGAUGGAAUGCCUAUAGUGGGAUUUUAGGAAUCUGGCACGAAUGGGAAAUUGACAACAACACAUUUGUUGGAAUGUGGAUGAGGGAAGGAGACUCCUGUGAAACUAAAAGCAGACAGACAAAGGUUCAUCUUGUUUGUGGAAAGAGCAAUAAAUUGGCUUAUGUGUCUGAGCCAAGUACUUGUGUUUACUCUCUGACAUUUGAGACUCCUCUCGUAUGCCAUCCCCACUCACUUUUAGUUUAUCCAACUCUGACUGAAGCACUGCAAAGGAAGUGGGAUGAAGCAGAGCAGCUUUUGUACGAUGAACUAAUAACCGACCAGGGUUACAAAAAAAUUCUGAAAGAGAUUUUUGAGGAAGCAGGACUUCUAAAAGCAACAGAAGAAAAUGAAGUUGAAAAACAGAGUAAGAAAAUAACUCUGGAAUUUGAAACAGUGGAAAAGUGCAGUAAGGAAUACAAGCAACUUUCUGAAGAAAUAAAAAAACUUAGAGUUUUAUUAGGUCAGCAUGGUAUUGCAUACAAAGGAAAUUCUGCUGGAAAUACCAGUGUUGAGUAUGUAAGUCACCAACUGGCAACUGCAGUGGCAUCAGUUCUUAAUGGGUCAAAGGAUGAUGAGCACCUGCAUGGCAAUACAGGAAUUUGGAAUUACACUCUAUGAAGAAACUCGGGUGGUACAGAAUGUAAAUUAAACUGACCAUGUAUUAUGCCACAAAGAUUUA